AAGAAAAUUGAAUGUAGUGGUAAUUUAGAACGUGGGGUUUUCACCACAGAGGCUAGCAACUUGAGUGCUCAAGUCAGACGGAAAAAGCUGGCUGUUUUUGUCUCCGGUGGCGGAUCAAACUUUCGUUCAAUUCAUGAGGCAUCAAUUCAGGGAUCAAUUCAUGGAGAUGUCUCUGUUUUAGUUACAAACAAAAGCAACUGUGGGGGUGCAGAGUACGCCAGAGAUAAUGGCAUCCCAGUUAUACUAUUCCCCGAUGAUGGACUAUCCCCUGGCGAUCUUGUUAAUUCUUUGAGGAGUUUGGAGAUUGAUUUUAUCCUUCUAGCUGGGUACCUCAAACUUAUACCAGUGGAAUUGAUCCGAGCUUAUGAAAGGUCCGUAAUAAACAUUCAUCCAUCACUUCUUCCAGCAUUUGGAGGCAAAGGCUACUAUGGAAUGAAAGUACAUAGAGCAGUAAUUGCUUCUGGUGCAAGAUAUUCGGGACCUACAAUUCAUAUUGUCGAUGAACACUAUGACACCGGGCGUAUCCUUGGCCAGCGUGUUGUGCCUGUGCUUCCUAAUGACACUGCAGAGCAGUUGGCUGCCAGAGUUCUAAAGGAGGAGCACCGGUUAUAUGUAGAGGUGGUUGAAGCUUUAUGUGAAGAACGUAUAGUUUGGAGGGAAGAUGGUGUUCCUCUCAUUCGAAGCAAAGAAGACCCCAGUGAGUUAAGCUAACAGAAGUAAAGACUGGUCCUUUAAUGAGGUCUUGAGGUCACCCUGAAGAUCUGAUUUCACUGUCAUAUGGUUAUAACAUACAUUCUUUCAACACUCCUUUUCACUGCAAUACCUAUCACUUGAUGAAAUUGUCUUGCAGUUUCAAUGUUUUCUGCUGGUGGUUUUGGCCUCAUAAAGCUUGUAACUUUGACAAAAUUAGUGAUGAAUAAUGAUAUGAGCAUCAGAUGGGUUUUGAGGGGCCCCUGAUUAGGAUUGUGGGAUUCUUCUCGUAUGUGUGCCCUUGGCUUCUAAAAGCUGUUGGGCUCUGGACGACUUCUAUACCUGAUUAAGAAUAACAUUGAUCGAGUUCAGAUCAUCUGCUGUGAUGGUAACAUUUGUAUCUUCAUUUGACCUUUUAAAUUAUGAGAAGAGAUCUCAGUGCUUAUCCAACUGAUGAUAAGUUUGGAUAGUUGUUACUUUGUAGGCUGUUUUGGAUUACAUUGGUUUCACAAAAUUUUUAAGAACGAUGUGCUCUAAUGUAAUACCUCUAAUAACUAUUCCUUUCAUUGGGUGUGGAA